UGAUCUAAUAGUCUAGUUUUACAAAACCGAGAGUGAUAUUUUCUUCAGAUAGUGUCUCAAUUGCAGUGAUAACGCCAUCAUAUGUAUUCGGGAGAGUAAGUAAUAAAUGAGCUACUUUGUCCGUUUCCUCUAAUUUAGCUCCAGCAGCUGAUAAUUCUGUCAGCAGAUCGUCAAAUGUUGAGAAGUGUUUGAUCAAGGGUAUAUCGGCUUUUAAUUUUAAUCCCAAUAAUUGUUUUCUCAGCGCUAAUUGAGUUGCUACACUUUUCCUUUCAUAGAUCGCGUCAAAAUGUUUAAAACUGCUUGAGCAGUCCCAUUUUCAUUAAUAUAAUUAAGAUAUGAGUCCGCCAAAUAUUCGACUAUAAUACUUUUGGCUGCCUUAUUAUUCUUUUCCCACUCAGCGGAUCGCGUUCCAGGAAUUUCUUCGUCAAUAACACUGAGCAAGUUUAACUCUGAAAGCAGUGUACGAAUUCUAAAUUUCCAUACACUGUACUUUUCUCCAUUAAAAGGCUUAAUGUUUCUUUUCACUUUUUCCAUUGUCACAACUUUAUUUUUAUUUACAACUAUGCACUUUACUGUCACUACGCACUACUGAAUGUUCUCACUACUAAAUGUCCUUUUUCGCACUGGGCCCAUAACCUAUAGGAGGUAUGGGAUUAAAAGAAAUAAUAUACUAAUUUGAUAUUGAAAUAUUUAUUCUAUACUUUAAAUGGUACUUGGAAGCAAUACGUCCGUCUAACAAGAUCCCGUGACGCAGUGUGUGUAGAGUUAAAUAAACAGUAGAUUGUUCAGAUAGAACAAAGAACAAUGUUAUCGAAAGUUAGGGGUAUUAGUUUUUGCUUUAUAUAAUCCAACAGAAACGCGGUGGAUGGCUUCUGGAAAGUGGUCCUGUUGGAUUAUCCCAUGUGAAUAAUUCGACUGUGGUGGAUGACUGCAAUAUUAGUUUCGGUGAAUCAUCGUUACAAAUAUUAGACAAUAACGAACUGGUAUUUAGAAAAAUAAAGGAGGUAGAUGCAGAAACUUUCGAUCGAGAUAUUGAGUCAGCUGUCUCGCCGCAGCAAGCGGCUGAGCGCAGCCCCUCCCCUCGCGUCGCAACCACCGCCACCGACGCCCGCAUCAUUGAAGCGGCCGCUAGAUCAACUACUUCGAAGCAGAAAGAGGUGACGUCACCGGGGCUUGUGUAUUCGUCUCAGACCGCUUCUGUGAUGCCUGAGUCAGUACAAAACAAAGACGGAUGGGAAAAAGUUUCGUAUCGACGAAAGCGAAAUAAUAUGAGCUACCGAUAUAUGGGCACUGCUGGUACCGCUAGGGAUAAUGAAGGAAAGUUUAGGGCUGCAAUAAAAACAGUUCCAAUCUUCAUAACCAAGGUACAUAAAAACACGUCGCAAACGGACAUUGCUGAUUACGUGUAUCGUAAAACAGGCGAUAUGAUUGCACUUGAAAGUAUAUCGUUUAAGUAUCCCAAAGAAUAUAAGGCUUACAAAUUCUUUAUACCGGAAACUAAAAUGGAGAAAUUUCUUGAUAGCAAACUAUGGCCCGAGGGAAUUAUCUUCAGGAAAUUUGUGAAUUUUAAAACGAGAAAUUACACGAACGGUGCGAACAGCGGUACUGUGAACGACUUAAAUAAAUGUUAAUGCAUAGUUUAAUAAGUUACAAUUGCAAAAGUAUAAAGCGUUCGGUCGAGAGUGUCAGGCAGCUAUGUAGCACAUCAGACAUUGUUGCCUUGCAAGAAACAUGGUUGCUGCCCCACGAUAUGUCAUUCCUGAGCGAAAUAGACGCUGAGUUCGCAUGUACUGGGACCUCGGCGGUGGACACCACCGCUGGCAUGCUCCGUGGACGUCCUUUCGGCGGAACGGCACUUCUGUGGCGGAAACGUGUUUUUGAUAACGUUUCGGUAGUGCAGUGCGACAACCCGCGAGUGUGUGCUAUUAGAGUUUGCAUGGAAUCAAAGACAUUUUUAGUGUUCAGUGUUUACAUGCCGACGGAUAAUAGUGCGAACUUAACGGAUUUUACGGACUGCCUCAGCCUGGUGAGUGCUAUGAUCAAUAAUAACAAUGUUGAAACUGCUUUUGUACUUGGCGAUUUUAAUUCGCAUCCCAAUGAACAAUUCUAUAUAGAGUUAAUGUCUUUUUGUCGGGAAUCCGAGUUAUUAUGUGCAGAUGUCGAAUUUUUGGGAGUGAACUCUAAUACACAUACUUUUAUAAGCGAUGCGAACGGCUCGAGACGUUGGCUAGAUCACUGUGUAACUACUGAAGCAGCCAUGUCCAUUAUUACUGAUAUAAAUGUAAUAUAUGACGUAACUUGGUCUGACCACUUUCCGCUUUUAAUACAAUGUAAUUUUAAUGAAAUCAAGCCAAAAUUAUGUAAUUCGAAUAAUUAUAAUUUGUUGGGUAAUAAAAUAAAAUGGGGUAAUAGGACAAUAAAUCAAAUUAAUAGUUAUACAAAAUUUUGUAAGGAUAAUUUAAAACAUAUUGACUUUCCAACUGAAUUGACUGCAUGUAGCGACCAUUUAUGUAAAAAUUUGGACCAUAGAGUUAUUAUUGAUGAAAUGUAUAAUGACAUUGUUAAUAUUUUAAGCCAAGCAGCCUCUCAUAGUUAUAAAAUGAAUCUUGUGAGAAAUAGGAAGCCGGUAGUGGGGUGGAACAAGUACGUCAGUGAUGCUCAUCGGCAGGCCAGGCUAAAAUUUGAACAAUGGGUUUUGUGUGGUAGACCGGGCGAGGGGUCAGUCUGGAGUGAAAUGCGAACAAGUCGCAAUAUCUUUAAGUCACGCUUACGAUGGUGCCAGAAUAAUAGUGACCGAAUUAAAAUGGAUAUGUUGGCAUCGCUUCAUUCUAAGGGCGAUUUCCGCGGAUUUUGGAAGUCCACAGAUAAACUCAAUAGUAGGCCGGGCCUGCCGGUGAGUGUCGGUGGCGUUGCUGAUGUCACGGGGAUUGCCGAAUUAUUCAGGCAGCAUUUCGCUGUUUCGUCGCCAUUGGGACCGUCACAGUUUUCAGGCAGUUCUGGUUGUAGUGGUCAGGAGUGCAGUGUUCGGUUUACGGCAAAGGAUGUAAGACAUGUCAUUAUGUCUAUGUCAAGAGGCAAGUCUCCUGGCCACGAUGACCUGAGUAUUGAACAUCUUAAGCAUGCCAGUCCUCAUCUGCCCAGAGUCUUAGCAUUGUUAUUCUCCUUGUGUAUAGGACAUGCGUAUCUUCCUGAACAGAUGAUGAGGACGGUGGUGGUACCAAUCAUAAAGAAUAAAACCGGUGAUGUUAGCGAUAGGAAUAAUUAUAGGCCUAUAUCUUUGGCGACGGUUAUUUCAAAGGUGCUUGAUAGUUUGCUUAACACUCAGCUGGAUAAACAUUUAAAAAUUCAUGAUAACCAGUUCGGUUUCAAAGCAGGAUUAUCUACAGAAACAGCAAUAUUGUGUUUAAAGCAAACUGUCAAGUACUACACUGAUAGAAAUACACCUGUCUUUGCUUGUUUCCUCGACUUAUCGAAGGCAUUUGACCUGGUUUGUUAUGAUCUACUGUGGCAAAAACUGAAGCAGUCGUCAGUGCCAGACGGUCUUAUCCGUAUAUUUCAAUACUGGUACAACAAUCAGGUCAAUGUUGUUCGGUGGUCGGGGGCCUACUCAGCUCCUUACAGGUUGGAGUGCGGCGUGAGGCAAGGGGGGUUGACCUCACCUAAGCUCUUCAACCUGUACGUUAAUGAGUUGAUAGAGACGCUCAGCAGCACGCAUGUCGGUUGCCAUGUUGGGGAUGUGUGCUUGAAUAAUAUCAGCUACGCCGACGACAUGGUCCUGCUGAGCGCCUCUGUUUGUGGGUUGUCGAGGCUGAUUGGCAUUUGUGAAAAAUAUGCUAAGGAACAUGGUUUGCUGUAUAACGUCAGUAAAAGUGAGUGCAUGGUCUUUCGGGCCAAAAGGUGUCCAGAUUACUUAGCAGCAAUUAAGCUCAAUGGAGUCCUACUUAAGAAAGUUGAUACUUUUAAAUACCUGGGGCAUAUAUUAACCUCUGACCUGAAAGACGGUGCAGAUAUUGAAAGGGAGCGUAGGGCGCUGUCUGUUCGUGCGAAUAUGAUAGCCCGCAGAUUUGCUCGGUGUACAAGGGACGUCAAAAUAACCUUAUUUAGAGCGUUUUGUACGUCCUUUUAUACUGGCAGUCUGUGGGUGGAUUAUACGCAGAAGCAGUACAGCGCUCUACGUGUCCAAUACAAUAAUGCAUUUAGGGUGCUCUUGGGGCUGCCUCGCUUCUGUAGCGCGUCAGGGAUGUUUGCCGAGGCGCGUGUUGAUUGUUUCCACACUAUAAUGCGCAAAAGGUGCACGUCCCUGGUGCGCAGGGUGCGAGGCAGCCGCAAUAGUAUUCUGAGAGCUUUUUCUGACCGAUUUGACUGUCAGUACGUGAACCAUUGCUGUAUGGUUCAUCUGCUGAAUAAUGUUGAAAUAUUAUUUUAAUGAAUGUGAGAAAUUUAAAUUUAAUUAUUGUAA